UGAAGAAGAGAUGGCGUCAGGAAUUAGGGUUUUAUCCAUAGCCAGAAAGAGUUACAGAGCAAUACUACCACACAAUUUCUUCUUCUUCUUCCGCCAACAACACUCCAAUUCAACUUCAUCUUCCAAUCCUCUUCUCCUCAAAUUGCUUCAGCUCCCUAAUUCAUACAUCAAAACAACGCUGGAUCACGAAUUUCCAUCUCUUCCAACCUCACUACUUUCUUUCGACUUUCUUAUUACCACUCUAUCCCCUUCUUCUCUAAAACCCAACUUGGUUUUGGAAUGGAUUUUGGAGAGAUUGCUGAAAGAAAAUGUUAAAGACCGUAGUCUUUUCUCUGAGCUCAUCUUUCUAUGUGGAAAGUUGAAGAAUGUGCAACUAGGAAUGCGUGUUUUUACUUCUAUGGAGACUGUUGGAGUUAAACCGACAUCCGAGGUUUUCAAUUCCCUUAUAAGUGCAUGCCUGUCUUCACAUGACAUUGUUACAGCAUAUAGUUUAUUUGAGAUAAUGGAGAAUUCAGAGAGCUAUAAACCUGAUUUUCACACUUAUAAUAACUUCAUUUCAGCAUUUUCCAAGUCAGGGAAUGUUGAUGACAUGUUAGCUUGGUACUCAGCUAAGAAGGCUGCUGGACUUGGUCUUGAUCUUCAAUUUUUCGAAUCGAUUAUAUCAGGCUCUGUUAAUUCAAAGAACUUUGAGAUUGCUGAUAGAGUUUUUCAAGAAAUGGUGAUUUCUGAAAUUAUACCUAAUGUUACCAUACUCGAAAGUAUGCUUAAAAGGCAUUGCUCGCAAAAGAGUUUGUGUCGAGCUAAUGAGUUUUUCAAGAUUGUGCUAGAUAACGGAUGGCAAAUCAGCGAAACCAUGGCUGAGAUGUUAGUAACAUUGUAUCAUGAAGAAGGGCAAAUGGAAAAGAUGGAAGAGCUACUCGAAACUAUAACAAAGUAUCCAAUUGAUUCUGGUGUCCUCUCGCGAAUACAUUGUGGGAUUGUAAAGAUUUAUGCUGUGUUGGAUAGAUUGGACGAGGUAGAGUUAUCGGUCGGUAGAAUGCUGAAACAAGGGGUGUCAUUCAGAAGUUCAGAUGAUGUUGAAAAGGUUAUAUGCUCAUACUUUAGGAGUGAAGCUUAUGAUAGGUUAGACAUAUUCUUGGAAUGUAUAAAGAACUGUUAUGUGCUUACUAGAUCAACUUAUGUUUUGUUGAUAUCUGGCUAUAGAAGAGCAAACUUGCAUGAAAAAGUUGAUUCAUUAUUGGUAGACAUGAAAUCAGUGGGAUUAACAUAACAGCUUAUGUCGUUAAAUUAAGUUUUCUGUAUAGUUGAUAACAUGCCACAGGAUGAUGGUAGAGACAUUUGUAUGGCACAGCUGAAAUAAUGAUGAAACCAAAUUUCAUGUGUUGUAUAACUUAACUUUGUAGCUGGAUAUUUGAUAUUCCAUUAAUUGUUCAA